AUGUCUACCCUCACACCAGAAGUUACCUGGGCGCAACGCUCUUCCGACUCCGACGAGACUCGCAACUACCUCUACGUCUUCAUCAACGUCCCUGAUGUCCCCUCCUCGUCAGCCGACACCAAGAUCAACCCAACCAGCGUAUCUUUCAAGGGAACAAACAUCAAGGGAGCCAAGUACAGCGUCACGCUUGAUCUGUAUGAUGAGAUCGACCCUGAGAACAGCAAGACUAGCCACAGCCCACGUGGAGUGGAGUUGGUUCUCCGAAAAAAGAAGCUCGGACUUGAAUACUGGCCUCGUCUUUUGAAGGAGUCCAAGAAAGCUCACUUCAUCAAGACCGACUUUGACAAGUGGGUCGACGAGGAUGAACAGGACGAGGCCGCAGACGACGACUACGCAGCCAACUUUGGCGGCUUCGGCGAGGACGGUGGACUUGGCGGCAUUGACUUCUCCAAGCUCGGUGGGGGUGGCCUGCCCGGUGCGGCUGGGGGUGAGGAGGAGGAGGAAGAAGAAGAAGACGACGAAGACUUACCAGAGCUUGAGGGUGACGAGAAGCCCGGCAAGAAGAUUGAGGAAGUCGCUUAG